AGUCCCAGACAGAAUCGUGGAGGCGGGCUAGUGGUUAUCAAGUUGGCUGAAUGUCAGUAGGCUGUAGACAGUAGAAAGCGUAUCAGCAACAGUGGUGACCAUAUGUAACUGUUCAAACUUUAACACUGGACCCACAGGACGCCGCCGGGCUAAGGAGGACGCUAUCAUAAGCCGAGGCAGGGAAUACCUAGUAAUAAACAUCAAAACCUCGUUAGCUAACAGCUAGCAGUCAGACAAACGUCAAAAACAUCCCCGGGGACUGCCUGCAUAUUUAACGGACAGCGUUUUCCUUCCGAGAGCUAGCUGGCAACCAACCGGGAGACUCUCAACGAAGCAAAGAUAUGCAGUCGUCAGAGCAGCGCUGACAGGCCCGACUCUGGUUCAACACAACCAUGGAGCCCUCCUCCGAGUCCCAGCAGGAGCCUGAGAAGACUUUGCACGCAGAGUUGAGAGAGCACCAUGCCACCUCCGCUGCCGUAGUGUGCGGUGAUGACACCCUCCUUCUGACACCAGGCAGGAUGAGCCAGCGCCAGGUGAAGGAGCGGGACAAGGAGAAGGAGGCGGGCCUCCAAACGCCCAACAGGGAGCACGUCGCCAGCCCCUCCAGCCUCAGCCCGGGGGUCAGCUACAGUCACGGUUUCGAGAGAGGGAAGGAGGACCUCUUGUCUCUGCCUUUGAAAGAGGACUCACAUUCCAUAUCGAAGAGCAAGUCUGAAACCAAGUUGUACAAUGGCUCGGACAAAGAUGUGUCGACAUCCGGAGGAAAGCUCACCAAGAAGGAGUCCCUUAAGGUGCAGAAGAAAAACUACAGGGAAGAAAAGAAGAGGGCGACCAAGGAGCUGCUCAGCACCAUCACUGACCCCUCUGUGAUCGUCAUGGCCGACUGGCUCAAGAUCCGUGGCACUCUGAAGAGCUGGACCAAGCUGUGGUGCGUGCUGAAGCCGGGCGUCCUGCUCAUCUAUAAAACCCACAAAAACGGCCAGUGGGUGGGAACGGUGCUGCUCAACGCCUGCGAGCUCAUCGAGAGGCCCUCCAAGAAGGACGGCUUCUGCUUCAAGCUCUUCCACCCGCUGGAGCAGUCCAUCUGGGCCGUCAAGGGUCCUAAAGGAGAAGCAGUCGGCUCCAUCACUCAGCCAUUACCCAGCAGCCACCUCAUCUUUCGUGCUACCUCGGAGUCUGAUGGUCGAUGCUGGAUGGACGCCUUAGAGCUGGCCCUGAAGUGCUCCAGCCUGCUGAAGAGGACCAUGAUCCGCGAGGGCAAAGAGGACAUGAGCACAGUAGCCACUGGCGGAGAGCACUCCAUUAACUUCUACAGCCUCCUCAGAGCCCACAACAUCCAUGGUUUCCAGUUCAACGACAGUGACCAUUUGAAAGACCCGGACCUCUACUCGGACAAGUCGGACAGGGAGGGAGAACAGGACCACGAGGAGUCGGACCCAGAGGGCCUGGAGAAGAGUGAGGAGAGUGACAGCGACACGUCAGAGCGGCAGGACGACUCCUACAUCGACCUGGACCCGAACGAACACCUGCGGGAAACCCCGUACCUGGAACAGUCCCACGAGGAGCUUGGAGAGGCUGGCGAGGCGGCCCAGACCGAGACGGUAUCGGAGGAGAAUAAAUCUCUGAUCUGGACUCUGCUGAAGCAGGUGCGACCCGGCAUGGAUCUGUCGAAGGUGGUGCUGCCCACCUUCAUCCUGGAGCAGAGGUCCUUUCUGGACAAACUGUCUGACUACUACUACCACGCAGACUUCCUGUCAGAGGCGGCGAUCGAAGAGAACGCUUACGACCGGAUGAAGAAGGUGGUGAAGUGGUACAUCUCUGGGUUUUACAAAAAGCCAAAGGGGUUGAAGAAGCCUUAUAACCCCAUAAUCGGAGAGACAUAUCGCUGCAUGUGGCUCCACCAGAAGACCAACAGCAAGACCUUCUACAUAGGAGAACAGGUAUCCCAUCAUCCUCCUGUGUCAGCCUUCUAUGUCAGCAACAGGAAGGAUGGCUUCUGCCUCAGUGGCAGCAUCCUCGCCAAGUCCAAGUUCUAUGGAAACUCCCUGUCGGCCAUAUUGGACGGGGAGGCUCGGCUGACCUUUCUCAAUAGAGGAGAGGACUACGUGAUGAACAUGCCCUACGCUCACUGUAAAGGCAUCCUGUAUGGCACCAUGACCCUGGAGCUGGGGGGUCAGGUCACCAUCGCGUGUGAGAAAACGGGCUACAGUGCUCAGCUUGAGUUCAAACUAAAGCCGUUCCUGGGCAGCAGUGACAGCGUCAAUCAGGUCUGUGGAAAGAUCAAGCUGGGGAAGGAGGUGUUGGCGACGCUUGAAGGACACUGGGACAGCGAGAUCUUCAUCAACGACAAGAAGACGGGGACGGUGGACACCUUCUGGAACCCGACGACAGAGCUGAGGCAGAGUCGCCUGACGCGCUGCACCGUCCCACCAGAGGAGCAGGGAGACUCUGAAUCCGAAAGGCUGUGGCAGCACGUGACGCGGGCCAUCUACAACAAGGACCAGACCGAGGCCACCAACGAGAAGUUCAUCCUGGAGGAGGUUCAGCGGAAGUCCGCCCGGGAACGGAAAGCCAAGUGCGAGGAGUGGAACCCCGCCCUGUUCGAGCAGGACCCCGUCACCGGAGAGUGGCAUUACAGAUACGCAGACACGAGGCCAUGGGAUCCGCUCAACGACUUGAUCCAGUUCGAGAAAGACGGCUGUAUCCAGACCAAGGUCCGACACCGCACCCCUAUGGUACGUUCUGGCAGUCUUAUUAGUCUGAGUAACCAGGGGCCGCGGAGGGACAAUUGCAAGUGCCAGGUGACGGUGCCAAAGAGGAAACACAAGAGCGACAAGCCCAAGAGCCCAGAGAGUGGCUGCUCUUCACCCGAACCCGACCGGCAAGACUCGUCCGGCAGCGAACGACACAAAAGCAAGCAUAACAGCCGGCUGAGGAAAAAAGGAGCCGACCUCAGUGAACUUCAAAGUGCCAUUGAAUCCAUAAAGCAGACGCAGGAGGACAUUAACAGGAACAUCAGCGUGCUGCGGAGUCGUGCGGCCGGCCGGGUGGAGGGCAGUUCCUUCCUCCAGCAGCGCGACUACGUCAUCAUCGUUUUCCUCAUCCUCCUCCAGGUCCUGAUCAACUAUGUCUUCAAGUAGCAGCCAUACAUACCCACAAGGAGAGAGAGUGAUGCCCACACACACACACACACACACACACACACACACACACUCAAUGAACAUUACAGCCGUCACGACUUAAGAGACGGGAACUUGGAGCUCUCACAAUAAGUGACUCUCUUCUUCUGUCUUUAUUCAACUACACACGUCCAGAAAAGUGGAGACUCCCACACAAAAAGAGACUUUUUGUUUUACGACGUGUUUGUUUUAACCAGUCCAUUCCAAAACUCUGGGGAGAUCCGCAAAUUUCAAAAGGGGAGGAGCGAUGAGGAGAAGUUGUUGGAGGGGAGAUUUAGUCUCAACUGCCGCUCUGGAGUUCAUUCAUUUGCCUUGACGUAAGAGGCAAAGACAGCAGCCAUAUUUCUUUCCUUUUUUUUUUUUUAGCUGUUUGUUUUUGUUUUUUUCCGAUGGAGUGAAACUACUUCGUGGUUCACAUUUCACCUCAAACAACAGGGAACCUUUUAACAUGGAGACGAGUACCAUAGCUCAUAUGGUAACACCGAUUUUACAGAAGUACACCUUUUUAAUUUUAAUGUAUUUUUUUUUUUUUAAUGGUUCUGUUUCUUUUCUUGGUGUGUGCUUUGUGAAUAGGGGUCUGCUUGGAAGAAAAAGCGGCGAUAAGGGAGAGUAAAACACAGUGGUCCAAUCUAUGUGACUUUUAUUUUUUUAUUAUCAGACACUUUGAUAUGAGCCGGGGUGUCGUGGAAACGGACGAGGAAGACAAAUGACACCAGUGACAUUGUCGAAAAGGUACAGAAGCUAUCAUUUCUGCUGUAUAAUAAAUCUUCACCUUUUGCGUACUAAAUCAAUGUUGACAAAAAGAAGUGGGCCUCAUUGUAGACUGUAGGUAGCAUGUACAGCUCGAGGAGCGGUGAGGACGUCAGCCCCGUGUACAGUAUUCUUGUCUUAAGGCACAAAUGCACUGGAAAUGUCACAUUUGUGUUAUUUAUGGAGUUUUCAGUCACCUUCGUGAUAAAUAGACAUGAAAAUACUUCGACAUCUCUGCCCUGACGAGGUUUGUAUCAUCAACCAAAUGUUUCUUCUUUGUGAUUUUUCAUGGGUUUCAGUGAACACUGCCCUAGAUUCAGGUAAAGGGAGUCGAAAGGUUUUAAUCAAAGUCAGCCAGGCCAAGUGAGGGAGUGAACUCGGCCCUCUUGGACCACACGACAAGUUAAAGGAAUAGAAUAAGAAACGCACUUUCUUGCUGAGGGUUGGAUGAGAAGAUCGAUACCACUCGUGUGUGUGUACGAUCAAUACAACCAGCAGCGGGUUAGCUUAGCUUAGCAUAAGGACUGGAAACGAAGAUAACAAAACAUUUGGCAUGUUGUUGGUGUUAAAGUAUAAAGACAAGAUUUGGUUUUAUAGGGGGUUACGUACAAUUUAACCAAAAUGUGUCGUUUUUACACUAUGGAUUUUGUACAGAUUAAAUAAAUACAAGAUGUUAAUUGGAGAGCUUUGAGGAAGUACCAGUGGGCUGAUUGUGUGACCUCUGAUUAGAGUCUUUAUGCUAAGCUAAGCAGCUGCUCUCCUUACCGUCAUCAUUCCCACUACAGACGGAGUGGUGGCAAUUUUCUCAUCUAACUUCACUAUUCCUUCAAAAUGAGUUUAAGUUUCAGGGUGAAGUUGUUGCUACCAUAGAGACAAAAGACGAGCUGAUCUAAAGCUCGAUAUGAAAACAGAGCCCUGACCCUUUUCGAACGUUCCCCUCAGCUGCCGGCUGCAGCGGAGUGAAACAUCAUCAUCGCUUUCAGUGCUUUUGCGCCUCAGAAGUUAACCAGGAGAACUAGUAUAGACACUUUAGUAAGUAGGGUGGGAGGAGGAGAUAGACUUUUUUUAACUACUAUUAUCACCACAGUAAACCAUUCCAAAUGUACGCAAGUACCAGCCAAACUCUGUGCGUAGAAUAGGAGUCGACCCCGUUCACUGUGUAAAUACCCAGCGGGACGGCUCGGUCCAACACCACGGUUCACAGUACACACACUCCCGCGCUACCGUGCACAAGCCAGUCUUUUUCCACCUCGUGUGUCUUUCUGUCCACUGCUCUGUAGAUACACAUGGACAUUGGCCAAAAGAAAUGAAUUAGUGGGGUACACGAUUAGAUUCCCAUCGCAAAUUGACCCAAAAUGGCCUCAAGACGUUGCUGUUCUUCGUCACAUCGUUGCAAGAAAUAAAGACGUUUUUUUUUUUUGUGGAAACAUUUGUGUGAGAGUACGAUGUGGUUCUAAUCUGUUGCCUUCCUCUUUAGGUAACGACAUUUAGCCAUUUUAAAGACUAAUAAUGGCGGACAUAAUACCCUGAAAGUGCACAGGCUUGCUACGACUCAAGAGGACUCUAAUAAUAAGUCGCGGCUGUGUUUAGCUGAAGGCAGCAUAUUAGAAGGAGGUCUGUCAGGACUUUCCACCAAAGAUACAAAGUCAGUGACCGCUAAUUGAGGCCGUUCCAAAAGAUCCCAAGCACCCGGUGGCCCGUAUCUGGACGUUGGUUUUGUAUAUCUCUUCGCCUGUCAUGACGUUAGCCUUGUCGACGUUUACAUAUCCGAUUGCCUCCGCCGUCAGCAGACUGUUGAGCGAUGACAACUUUGUAAUGCUAACACAGGUAUAAAGAAAGACUGGUAGCGACGUUGGGAGCCAACUGUACCACCCCCCCCCCCCCCCCCACCCCUCCACCCCCGUAAGUUACCCGGCUGGCCCGUGUGUAUCUGUACGUGUAUUUUUGUGUAUCCUCAUUGCCUCGAUCGCUCAUCUUAAAUGGAGAAUCCAGAUAUUAGAAUGUGGAGAAAUAAGUAUAUACCAGUGCCUUCUAGAGUGGGACUGGGGAGGGGGUAGAUAGGGGGUCUAUUGGAGGUGGUAGGAGGUCAGCAGGGGGGUGGUGUGGGGAGGUGAACUAAUAAUAAUGGCAAUAAUCUGGAAUAAUAGCAUAUGUGGGGGGGGGGGACUCUGACUUGGGACCAUGGCGGCGGCUGUCGUCACUGUAGGGUUUGUGACCAGGCGCGCCAUACGAAGCCUUAGAAAGGAGUCUGACUCACCACCCCUCCCCCCCAGCUCCUGCCCCCCCCCCCUCCCCGAAGCAUCGCCAUAGUAAAUCACCUGUAGGUUUUCCGGAUGCUGAUUCCUGCCACGGGAGAGAGGGAGGGAGGGAGGGAGGGAGAGAGACCACUCCCCUACGUUGGCAUCGUCGUCCCUCUCUCGCUCUCUCACAUACCAAAAUUCAGAGGGAAAUAAACAUCUCUGUUGUUGUUGUCGUUGUCGUUGUUGUCUCUGUAAAAUAAUACCUUUUAUUUAUUCCUCUUUUGUAUGUGGGUCUAUGUUCUUUUGUUUCUGCUUGUAGCAUUAGUUAAAUGCUGAUUUUAUAAUUGCACACAGUUGGUUUUAUCCCACCACGUGUUGACGUCACACACAAGCAACUGUCCUCAACUUGUGCACACUGUCAAUGUCAACUCCCCCUCUCACACACACACACACACACACACACACACACACCUACCUUUGUUCCAAUCUGAGUAUGUGAAUAUAUUUACUGUAUCUCCAUGGCAACUAUAACUUCCUGUAAGUUUAUGGUCACAUGUAACAUAACACAGAAUAAAAACAAAUGA